AAAAAAAACCUUGAGAGAUAAGGACGGUGUCAUAGUGGACCGUCUAAUGUGGACCCCAGGUUGCAAAGAGGAACGAUGGGCCUAGGGCACGGCUGGAAAGCCCGAUGCAGGCCAACCCUCUGGGAAAUGUCUCGUUAGCUAAACCAGAUGGCGCUAUGCAUUCAAAAGACUCAUGCAUCCUGCAUGGAACGCCAGACAUCCCAAUGGUUGGCUUGGUCCUGUAUUCUAGUGUAUGAGUGCAAGCCACACAUCGCUGCUCUUCACCACUUACCUCACCCAUUUCACUGCUACACCAUACGACCCAUAUAUCCUCUGUUGACUCGAGGUGUAGCUCUCGAAACAUUCAAGAGCCAUGUCUCAGCCCGAAGAGGUUAUCGUCACCAGGCCGCCAACGGCAGUGUGCGUCCCAGAGAGCCCAAGCGAAACCAGCUUCGUGAACAUUGAGAAAUGCAUCAUCAAAGAUGUUUCCGAGCUGAUGUUACCCGAUGAGCCUUCUUUUGAUCUUGAGGCUCAAAGCACGGCAAGAAGAUUGAUUUCUCCAAUCCGGUAUACAUUCCUCAACAUUUACCGGCGACUCUUCACGCUUGUGUUUCUCGCCAACAUCGGAGUCUUCGUCUAUGUCAUGGUUGCAGACCGAAAACUGCUGGCUCUCGUCAAUGCAGCAGCAGCAAACUUGCUUGCAUGUGGUCUGGCAAGACAACCUUUGGUUGUCAACACCAUUUUCUUCACGGUAUGCUCGAUACCGAGAUCCGCACCGCUAUGGCUCCGCCGAAUUGCAUCAAAGGUGUACCAUUAUGGGGGUGUUCAUAGCGGAUGUGGAGUUGCCUCUCUAAUCUGGUAUCUGGGUUUCAUCGGAGAAUUCUCCCGACAGUACUGGUCGGGAAGCUCAUCUCCUUUCUCAGCAGCGCCGAUAGUCCUGGCAUACAUCAUCCUAGUGCUGCUGCUUGCGAUCAUCAUCGUCGCCUACCCAACUUUCCGAUUCAAGCGGCACGACUAUUUCGAGCUCACGCACCGCUUCUCCGGCUGGCUCAUCGUGGCCCUCUUUGUCAUUCUCCUCAUGGUCUUCGUCGACGAAGCUUCCGCGGCCGAAGGCAAACCAAUGGGCCGCUUCCUAAUCGAGCUGCCAGCUUUCUGGUUCCUCAUGCUUGUUGUAUUAGCCAUCAUACACCCAUGGCUCCUCCUUCGCAAAGUCAAAGUCACCCCAGAAUACCUCUCCCCGCACGCCGUGCGGCUCCACUUCUCUCACACAACCACCACCUUCGGCAAGGGCAUCCAGCUCUCCAAGCAUCCUUUGCAAGAUUGGCACGGCUUCGCCACCUUCCCGGACGUCGAUAGAGACGGCAAGAGCUUCUCUAGCCUUGUCUCCAAAGCCGGCGACUGGACCGCCGCCACAAUCAAAGAUCAACCAACACACCUCUGGAAACGCGGCGUGCUGAUCUAUGGCUUCGCAUACGCAAUGCGGGUAUACAAGCGUGUCGUCGUGGUCACAACAGGCUCCGGCAUCGGGCCCUGUCUCUCAUUCCUUGGAGACGAGAACCGCCCCUCGCUACGAGUGAUCUGGCAAACGCGAGCCCCCAAGCGAACGUACGGCAAAGAGGUCCUCAAUCUUGUCGGACGCAUGGAUCCGAAUCCCGUCAUCAUCGACACGAAUUCAUCCGGCCGUCUCGACAUGGUGCCCGUCAUUCGGCAGAUUGCACGAGAACACGAUGCCGAGGCGAUAUGUGUUAUCAGUAAUCCAUUUGUCACGAAAAAAGUUGUGUACGAACUCGAGUCGAUGGGAAUCCCCGCGUAUGGGCCAAUAUUUGAUUCAUGAUUUCCGAUGCAUCACUUACGCUGUAAUGAUUCGAUGGAACGAUUAUUUAGAGAUAUAUAGUUGAAUUC